GACAAACAAAGCACUAUUGGUGUCCUCUGCAAGAGAGCACUGAUAGGGGGCUGGCUGUAAAUUGACGUGGCAUGGAAAAUCUCUGCUAGUUUGUAGCAGCUCUAACAUUGCUGCAAAAUCACGCCUACUCCUACCAAGUUUGUAGCUUGAAAUCAUCACGGGUUUGCUGUUUCUAUAUAAAAAAAUGAAUGGAAAGUACCUUCGCUUUUUGAUUUGGGAACCAGACUUUUUCUCUAUUUGGAUUUACAGCUAAUAGAAAACAAAAUCAUAGGGAAUUAUUUGGUUACUUUUUUUUUUUUCCCUGUAGUGAGAGCGACAGAUCUUGCUGCUCCCCCCACCUUUUCCUGCGAUUUAAUCAUUUGCAGAUCUUGCCAUGGGGUGCGGACUGAGAAAGCUGGAAGACCCAGAUGAUAGCAGCCCUGGAAAAAUCUUUUCUACACUGAAGAGACCACAAGUUGAGACAAAGACGGAUUCUGCUUAUGAAUAUGUAUUGCUGGAUUUUACUUUAGAAGCUUCCCCAAAUCCAGAAGUUAUCAAGAUCAGUUCUGUGUUGGAUAUAGCAUCUAAGGUGGAAGAAUAUUACAGCAAAGGAUAUAUUGUAGGAGCUGUUCAUCCUAUUAUACUGCCAAUUGGACGUAGAAGGAAUUUCCCUGCAAGUCACAUGUAUCGAGUGGUACUUUCACGAUUAAAAUUAAGCCAGAAGCAUACAGCACCCAGAGGACAAAGCCACCCCAGGCUGGUGAUUGAGGAAUGUCCUUUAAUGUAUGAAACACUGACAAAUGAGGUAGUGAAAGAACUGUUAGAAAAGGUUAACGAAGCUGCUAAAAGAGGAAAGAAGUUUGUGGGAUUUGUAACGCAACAUUUUCCUCAACCUAAAGCCUGUAAUGGAACAAGCGCAGAUGGAAGUACAGAGGUGGAAUCAACGCUGGGCAGAAGAAAUAGGGAACACAGAAGAAAAAAUUCUGAUGAAAACUAUAAAAACUGGAAUGAAGGGACAUUGAGUGGUCACUCAUCUGAGAGUGGGAUAGAGGAGGAAAUGCAAGCAGAAAGCAGUCUGCUACAGGAUGCAGAUUUCCAGUUUGGAAAAGAAGUCAGCCCUGUUAAACCACGAAAAGGAGACGGUAAUAAAUACAAGCUAUACACAGUCUUCAAUGUUUUUGAUGAUGAUUCUACCUGCUGGACCUAUCACGAAGGUGUUUUGUCUAUGAAAGUAACAAGAAAGGGGCCAGUUAUUAGUACACUGGAAGCAGACUGGCUAGAAUUAACCACAUUUUAUUAUAAACAAGGAUUGUCCUUAAUUGAUUCUUUUGUACACUGGGAAACUUCUAAAGGGGAGUAUUUACCCAAAUCUUUAGAAGGAUUAUUUAUCUAUGAAGAAGAAGGUGCUGGGGUUCCAGGUUCUAACAGGAAAGGAAAUGAUGCAAUAGUUGUUGAACAAUGGACAGUCAUUGAGGGGUGUGAAAUGAAAACAGAUUAUGGACCUUUAUUGCACACGCUGGCUGAGUUUGGAUGGCUCCUGACCUGUGUCCUGCCUACACCUAUCGUACGACAUGACAGUGAAGGAAAUCUGGCCACAAAGCAAGUCAUUUUUCUUCAGAGACCUGUUAUGUGGAAUUCUGCUGUCCAGACACCAGAGAGGAAAUCCUUAAGACAAGUUAUUGGGGAGGAAAAAGGCAAAGUCUCUAGCAGAAGUGUUGGAUUAGACACAGCUACUUCUCGCCCUGUAGAAAUUGGACAACCACCUGAUGAGUUUCACCUAUCUCCAUCUAAACAAUGUUGGAUCAAGGAGGGAUCUUCCCAGUAUGGAGGCUUUCCGGGAUUCAGUAGCAGUGAUGGAGUAUUAAGGGAACUGGAUGAUGGACAAUUUGACCAGGAAGAUGGAGUCACUCAGGUCACAUGUAUGUGAUAAAGUAAGUAACUGCAUCAGAUGGACAUGUACAUAAUUCACACAAAUGUUAAAACAAACAAACAAACAAACAUACUACUUUAAAUGCAUUGGUAUAAUCCUAUGACUUUUCCCAGACUCAUUUUAUAUUUUUGGCUGUUUCUUUGUUGUGUUAAUCCUACUGUAGUAAUAAUACACUGC